UGUUUCGAACUAUUCUUCCUUAUUUUAGUCGACUUAAAAAUUUGUCAUCUAAUAAAAUUUUUUCUAUUCGAACAAUUGUCCAUACAGAUCAGCCAUUUCCGGUUUGUUUUUUUUUAUUUUUAAUUUUGUUAAAAUUUAGACUGAAAUGUUUGAAAAUCCUCUUGUCAGAGAUCAUCAAAGGAAAAGAGAUGAAGUGCCAAAGGAUUUUCAUAAACAGGGAACUGGUCUUUGUGGUCUCUACGUAAAUACCCAUCCUCACAAAGAUCUUUCGGAGAUUUAUGUUCGAAUUUUGCGUGUUCUUGAUUUGAUGCCUAAAGAUUAUCCUUAUAGACAAACUACAGAACAAAUUGUUAAAGAACGAUUUGCACAUGUCAAUUCGACUGACGAUAUUCAAAUUUUGGAGGAAAAAAUUGGAAUGGGCCAAAUUGAGGAAGUUAUUGAACAGGCUUUAAAUGAAUUGGAAGCAGCUCGUACUCUUGUUCAUUACAAAGCAUGGGAACCACUUGUUGAAGCACCAGAUGAAUACCAAUGGCGUUGGCCAAUUGCACCGGGACCGUGA